AUGGGCAGGCUGUCUCACGCCAAGGCCCUCCUUGGCCCUCAGCUCUUCGCCAAGGUCCGCGACACCCCCGUCCUCAUUGUCGGAGCCGGUGGUAUCGGCUCUGAGCUGCUCAAAAACCUGGUGCUCGUUGGCUUUACCAACAUUGAACUCCUUGACCUUGACACCAUCGACCUCUCCAACCUCAACCGCCAGUUCCUCUUCCGCAAGCCCGACAUUGGCAAGUCCAAGUCUCUCGUGGCGGCUGCCACCGCCCACCACUUCAACCCCUCGUCGGGUAUCAAGAUCAACGCGCGUCAUGGAAACGUCAAGGACUCUGAGAAUGACAUUGCAUGGAUCUCCAAGUUUGGCUUCGUCAUGAAUGCGCUCGACAACGCUGAUGCGCGUCGUCACGUCAAUAAACUCUGCGCAGCCGCCGACGUCCCCCUCAUCGAGUCUGGUACGGCUGGAUACCUUGGACAGGUCACUCCCAUCAUUCCGGGUGAGACUGAGUGCUACGACUGCAACCCCAAGCCCCCUCCCAAGAGCUUCCCCGUGUGCACUAUCCGUGCUACUCCAAGCGAGCCUAUCCAUUGCAUUGUGUGGGCCAAGAGCUAUCUCUUUGGAAAGCUGUUUGGAGAGGAUGACGAGGCUGGAGACGAGGCUGAGCUCGACAAGGCCAAGGCCGAGGGCGAGAAUGCCGCAUUCCGCGAAGUUAGGAGGCUGUUGAGCGAGGAGAAUGGUCCUCAGCGCGUGUUCAACAAGGUGUUCAAUGAGGACAUCAACCGCCUGUUGGCAAUGGAGGACAUGUGGAAGGUGGCAGGGCGUAUCAAGCCUGUCGCCCUCGACUACGAUGCGAUCAUGGACGGCACCUUUGUUGCCCCUCCUCCUCGCACAUCUGCGGCCCAGGCCGCCGCCGCUGUUAACGGCACGGCAAACGGCAACGCCGCGGCGAGCGCGUCCACAUCCACCCUCAAGGACCAGAAGGAGCUCACGCUCAAGGAGAACCUCGAGCUCUUUAUUGACUCGUGUGCGCGCCUCGCCGCGCGUUCCAUUGCCCACCCGGACGUCGUGCUCAGCUUUGACAAGGACGAUGACGACACGCUGGACUUUGUCGUUGCCAUUGCCAACCUCCGCGCGACCGCCUACAGCAUCGCCACGCGCACCCGAUUCCAGGUCAAGGGCUUCAUUGUCAUGCAGGCUCUCUCCCUCCUGAAGCGCAAGUCGGCCGAGGCAACCAAGGCCACUGACGUUUACCUGCGGUCUAUCCCCCACCUCCCACUCGCUCCUUCCGCACCCGUGCCUCCCAACGAGUCGUGCGCCGUGUGCCGUGACACAUACAUUCCGUUUAAGGCGGACGUGUCGCGCUGCACCCUCGGCGAGGUCCUUGACGCUGCCAAAUCGUGGCUCCAAGCGAGCCUCGGUGAGAACGAGCUCGAGUGCAGCGUUCUCGAAGGCGCGCGUGUGCUCGCCGACCCGGACUUUGACGACAACCACUCGCGUACUUUGAAGGACCUCGAUAUCGAGCGUGGCAAGAUGAUCACGCUCAUGGACGAAGACGACAAGUACCGCCCUAUUCACUUUUGUCUUCUCGAGCCCGAGGCCAACGCCGAGACGGCCUUUUCGUUCCCCGAGACCGCCCCUGCGCUCGCCCUCAAGCCCGUUCAGGUCAAGGAGCGCAGCGAGAGCCCCGAGGUUGAGCUUGUCGAAGCAGCUUCGCGCAAGCGCUCCGAGCCCGACUCGGGUCACGACGACCUGCCCAGCAAGAAGCGCAAGACGGAGACGGAGGAGCCCGAGGUCGUGGUUGACGACGGCGAUGAUGACGACGACAUUAUCAUCAUCGAGUAG